UAUUACAUUUUUCCCCCAACAGUAUCAACUCCACCGUGACAAUCCAAGAAUGCCUCGUGCAACUUCAGGGCGUUUCUCGCGUACCCACCAGCCGUCAAUAAAAUCAGCCGCUGCAUCAUCUUCAUCUAAAAACCAUAGUGCAAAUGAAGGGACUUCAGCCGGCGUCCGUAACCCAAUAUUCAAUACAGAAAGAUUCGGACAACAUAUCUUGAAGAAUCCGCAGAUUGCUCAAACUAUCGUAGACAAGGCAAACCUUCGCCCCACGGAUAAAGUCCUCGAAGUUGGUCCUGGUACAGGUAACCUUACUGUCAAGAUUCUUGAAAAAGCCAAAAAUGUCACUGCUGUUGAGAUGGACCCACGGAUGGCAGCUGAGUUGACGAAGCGAGUUCAGGGGAAACCAGAACAACGAAAACUAGACAUAAUCAUCGGAGACUUUGUAAAAACUGAUCUCCCAUAUUUCGAUGUAUGCAUAUCCAACACACCCUAUCAAAUAUCAUCACCCCUUGUCUUUCGCCUGCUCUCUCAUCGACCAAUCUUUCGCGUAGCAAUCCUCAUGUUCCAGAGAGAAUUUGCCAUGAGGCUUGUCGCUCAGCCCGGAACAGAGCUUUGGUCGCGGCUAUCUGCCAAUGUACAGCUUUAUUCGAAGGUGGACCUGGUGAUGCACGUCGGAAAAAACAACUUCCGACCAGCACCACAAGUUGAAUCGUCAGUAGUCCGACUGGUGCCUCUUAAUCCUCCUCCCCCUAUCAAGUUCGAGGAAUUUGAUGGGCUGGGUAGAAUCAUCUUUUCGAGGCGAAAUAAAACGGUGCAUGCCACAUUCAUGGCAAAAGGCGUCAUCGAGAUGCUGGAAAAAAACUGGAGAACGUGGUGCUCGACACAAAAUAAGAUGAUCGAUGAACACACAAACAUGAAAGCUAAAGUAGAAGAAGUCCUCAGCUCAUCGGGAUACUCGGAACAGCGGGCAGCCAAGAUGACCCUGGACGAUCUCCUAAAACUACUAUCCGCAUUUCACGACGAGGGUAUACAUUUUGCUUGAUAGGACUUUCAUCUGAUGUAGUGAAUACACGUCCUGUUGCUACACAUGUGCCAAUCUAUACGGUAAUUAAUCAUUUCACUGUCGCGCAGAUACAACAUCAACUCCCUCGGAUCUCGGAGAACAACAAGGUUAUAGUUUCUUCUAAUCAAGUGACAGCCUUGCAUCGAUCAACCACUACGAAUGUGCUCGACCACUUUCCACAAAACAACCCAACUCAAAUGCUAAAGUUCAAUCGCUAUCCAGCGCAUGGACACACUGCAUGCAUUCCAGCGUAAAAUGGGAAAGACCUCUCAAUGGCAACGAACUAGAAGAUGCCGGACAUGUUUCGUGUACCUCCUCUGUUGGGCGGUCGAGCGAUUUGUACUUACUGGUCGAUGCGUGAAACCGAG